UAGUCACUUUGACGCUGUAGGGCAACAGACUGAGAUGGAUAAAAACGUACAAGGGGGGAAAGCAUUUGGAUUGCUUAAAUCCCAACAAGAGGAAAAACUGAUUGCCAUCAAUGAGGCAUAUCUUACAGAUUCUAAAUAUGCUGAUGAAGAGGAUCUGGAGUCCAAACUGAACUCUUUCAAAGAGAAGUACAUGGAGUUUGACCUUAAUGACCAAGGAGAGAUAGAUAUGAUGGGGCUGAAACGUAUGUUGGAAAAGCUUGGUGUGGCAAAGACUCAUCUGGAGCUGAAGAAGAUAAUGACAGAGGUGGUGGGAGGGAAUGCAGAGACCAUUGGUUACACAGACUUCCUCAACAUGAUGCUGGGCAAAAGGAACGCUAUACUAAGACUGAUUUUGAUGUAUGAGGAGAAAGCAAGAGGAGACCAACAGCCAAAACCAAGUGGCCCUCCUCCUCGCAAGACCUUUGCUGACCUGCCCUGA